GACUUUUGGCCUCCUACGUGGUUUUAUUAUGAUUCCAAGAUGCCCCAUUUGAUCAUCUGAGUUAAAAAUAAUAAUAAUUAAAGAAUCAUAAAAAAAGGGGUAGGGUCGUGUUGUAACGAAGAAGUCAAAGAAAGAGCAAAUUCCUGGCUACAACAUAUGUUCGUCACUUGAUUUUUAUUUGUUCAUUCCUCAAUGCCAAGUUUAAAACAAGAAAUAAUAUACCCAGACAAACAAAAGCAGAGAGGAGGGGAAUUUUGUUUUGGAAUUGGAAACUGAAUCUAUCUAUUUUCGAGGCUGAAGAAAUAUGAAGACCUCUUUAAGAAGAUUGCGAGGAUUGGCACAUCACAAGCACGGUGGGGAAGCCAAGCAGCGGCCAGAUGUUCUAGCUUUGCCUCAACUUGACGAGCUCGCUCAAGCUUCUCAGGAUAUGCAGGAUAUGAGAGAUUGCUACGAAGGCUUACUUUAUGCAGCUGCUGCAACUACGAAUUGUGCUUAUGAUCUCUCAUGUGGUCCUGCUAUUGUCAGAAUUCUCGGACUCAUUGCGGGAAAUGGGUACUUGUCUUCUUGCAAAAACUGCAUUAAAUGAUGAUGAAGAAAGUGGUAAAGUAUUACUAAUGCUAGGAAAAGUACAGUUCAAACUCCAGAAACUUCUUGACAGCUAUCGGUCUCAUAUAUCGCAGACAAUCACAAUCCCAUCAGAGUCUCUUCUUAAUGAACUUCGAACAGUUGAGGAGAUGAAGAGGCAAUGUGAUGAAAAAAGAAAUGUGUACGAGCACAUGGCAAUGAGAUACAAAGAAAAAGGAAGGUCAAAAGGUCGGAAAGGGGAUAACUUUUCCAUGCAGCAAUUACAAGUAGCACAUGAUGAAUAUGAUGAUGAGGCAACUUUAUUUGUUUUCCGAUUGAAGUCUCUAAAGCAAGGACAAUCAAGAAGCCUUCUUACACAAGCAGCACGACACCAUGCUGCUCAGCUGAACUUUUUUAGGAAGGCUCUUAAGUCUCUUGAAGAAGUAGAGCCACACGUGCAGAAGGUCACUGAACAGCAGCACAUUGAUUAUCGCUUCAGUGGACUUGAAGAUGAUGAUGGGGACAAUGGUGAUGAUAAUGAAAAUUAUGAAAACGAUGAUGACGAUUACUAUAGUGAUGGUUAUGUUGACGAGGAUGAUGGUGAGCUGAGCUUUGACUAUGGAUUAGAUGAUCAAGAUCAGAACAUGGUUCCUACUUCACGGCACUCAAUGGAGUUGGAUCAAGUAGGCCUUACAUUUCCCCAAGUUGCAGUGUUGGAGGCUUCGAAGGAAAAUCUAGAAAGAAGCCAUCGUCAUUCUUUUUCAUUUAGAGGGGAAAUAAGGAAUAGCAGCCAAUCAGCCCCACUUUUUGCUGAGAAUAAAUCUGAGCCUUCUGAGAAAAUUCAACCAUUACCGUCACGAAAAUCCAGCUCAUAUGUAUUACCUACACCAGUUGCUACAAAAGGUUCUAUUGGAUUCGGUAAACCUGCUCCUCAAUCUUACAAGAAAAUUUGCUAUUCAUCUCCACUUGAACUUCAUAAAUAUCAGAGGCUUUUGAGAGAUGAAAAAAUUUCUGGAUCUGCUGUUAUAAAUGCACAGGCAGUACUGAGAGAGAGCAAUAAGCCUGCUUCAUCAACUCAACUACCCCCUCCUUUGGCUGAUAAGGUUUUACUUUCACGAGUUAGUCCAGCUGCUGCUUCUGAUUCCAAGAAAAUUAAAAGACAAGCCUUUUCUGGUCCAUUGACAAGUAAACAGUGGCCUAGCAAACCAGUUUCGGUGGAACAUCCCCAAUUGUUCUCUGGGCCAAUUUUGAGGAGUCCAAUGUCUCAACUGCAAGCAACAUCUCCAAAAGUAUCACCAAAUGCUUCCCCUCCAUUUGUUUCCUCUCCUAAAAUUAGUGAGCUUCAUGAACUUCCUAGACCCCCAGCCACUUCAGCCUCCAAGUCUUCAAGACCUUUAGGCUUGGUUGGUUAUUCAGGCCCCUUGAUGCCAAGAGGGCAAGUGCUCUCUGCUACAAAUAAAUCAGCAGUGUCAAGAGCUGCCUCUCCACUGCCACAACCUCCAGAUGUUGUGACUCGCAGUUUCUCCAUACCCUCACGUGACCGUAGAGUGAUGUCAUUACCUGUGUUCAAGCCUCUGGAAACUGCUAUCGUUUCAGGGAUGUCUCAAGAUGCUGCCUCACCUCCUUUGACACCAAUAUCUUUAGCUCAAAUCCAGCCAUCAUCAACUAGUUCGAAGUCUGUUAAUAGGAACUGAUUGGUUAUAUCUAAUUCUAGUACUGAUUUCAUUCCUAACCCACGGGGCUACGAUUGUCUUUAUUGUGACACACUGGUGCAGAUAUGUGCAUAUAUUACUGUUUGUUAUUUCUUUCUAUAUCAUUGUUACAUCUUCAGCCCCUUGUCUAUAUUCUGAUGAACCUUGGCAUGAAUCAGUCAAAUACUUGCCAUGCGUUCCAUCGUUUUUGAGGAAUUUUGUAUUUUAACCAAGGUUUUAGUAGAUAAUUCAAUUCUUUUACCCUAUGCAAA